GGAAGGAAGGAGGAGAAAUGGUGACAGGAGAAGCGUUGAUCGCAUACAGAGCUCUGCUCAGGGCUACGAGGAGAUCGUUUGCCGGAGAUGCCGAGAUGCUGAAGGCUUCGGCGUCGGAGAUCCGUAAGAAAUUCGAAGAGAGCCGCCACGUGGUUUCCGAGAUCCCUCGGCUCCUGGAAGAAGCGCGUGCGGCGACUCAAUUCAUUUCCACCAUGAUCGUUCAAGCAAAGCUCAACGAACGCGGCGGAUACGAGGUGAAAGCAAGCCAGGAACACGCGGGAGCUACUCUGGAGCUUCCGACAGAGGCAAUGCUUCGGACAAAAUCUGUGUGACCGACCACAUUAAGACUGUCGGAAAUUUGAUUUCUUCUCCCUUACUCGUUUGGUUUAAUCGGUAAAGGUGGAACUUUUUUUUUUUAGUCGUACUGGGUUUUGUUCUCUCUUUACAGCCAAAUCAACUCAGAUUUAACUAUUAAGAAUCUAUUUUUAUAUGAAAUUCUUCCAUUUCUGGUU